AUUCCGCUGUGACGGCUGCAUUAACAGUAUUUGCACUAAGAACUGAUAGGCAAUAAUACGCCUACAUAAAUUACACUAUCAAUGAUGAUCAAACGCUAGCUGACCCUGUAUAAAUAGGCUGCACAUUUGUCACAGAUUCACGCUUAUUAGCAAUAUUUGUAAGAUGUUUUAAAGUAUUUAAACAAACAGAAUGUUUUAGCAGUUAAUAAAAUAGCGUAGGAUCUAAGCUUUAUCUAAUUAUCUAUAUGUAAACACAAUACAGCUUUAAUUCAUAUAAGCUUUAAUUUUUUUCAACGUGUCCCGUUUACAGCGCUACAACUACAUUGCCCAUAAUGCAGUGGUGAGCUGUGAUUGGCUGGCAUCCGAGCCUUGUCAUUUGACGUGAUGUAAAGGCGCGCGCGAAACGUCCGUGAGUGCGCUGAAUAUUUUUUUUUUCUGACUGCAACGCUAACUUUUUUUUUAAGUUUGUUAUUGUUUCCGUUAUCAGAUGUGGAUAUUCCACCGCCACGCUUUUGUAUCCACAGUAAAUACUUUGCGACACUGUUUCCUGCUUGGUUCUCAGUUUCACCGUUUAUCGCUAAAAGCGCAGUUAAGCUAACGCUGGUCUUGAUUUUAGCCGCAUGUCAGCGACGUGUCCCCGUCAACAAAAAACACAAACACUGCGCUUUAGUUGAGGGGGAGCGGGAUGACGGCGCUGCUACAGCAUCCAGGGUAUGAGGAGCAGAGGCUGCAGAGGGUCGCAGAGCAGCUGCCCUGCAGGGAGCUCCAGGCUGGAACGCUGCUGGCUCUGAUGGGAGAGCCGCAGCAGUACAGCUACCCUUCAAUCUUCAUCUACGGCCACCGGGCUUCAGGGAAGAGUCAUGUCAUGGACGUGUUGAUGAGUGAACUUGAGCUCCCCAACGCCACCGUCAGCUGCGUGGAAUGUGUUUCUGUCCCGCUGCUCUUUGAACAAGUGUUGCUGUCCUUCUUCGGCUGUGACGCCGCCUCGCUGCUUCCCCGCAGCCCCUCCCUGUCUGACUUUGUACGCAUCUACAAGCAGCAGUGCUCCCAGUCUCCUGCCAAGGAGACGCGAUACAUUGUGAUGGAAAAAAGUGAGCUUCUCAGGGACACAGAUGCUAAUCUCCUGCCUGCCCUCUUACGUCUUCAGGAACUGGUUGAAGACAACGUCACCGUCAUCCUGCUCAGUGAAAUUGUCUGGGACGUGUUCAGACCAAAUACUGGCUGUUUUGAGCCCCUUCUGCUCAAUUUCCCAGACUACAGUAAAGGUGAGCUGCUGCAGAUCUUGUCCCAGGACAGACACCCUUCAUAUUCAGCUGAGUUUUACUUGUCCUACAUCAACAUCUUAUUGGGUGUCUUCUACUCGGUCUGUCGUGACCUCAGAGAGCUGCGUCACCUGGCGGCCCUAAACUUUUCAAAGUUCUGUGAGCCUUUGACAGAAGGAAAAGCCAAAGAGACAGACACGCACAAGCUGUGGAAGAACAUUGAGCCUCAUUUGAAAAAAGCCAUGCAGACAGUUUACCUUCGAGAGGUUUCCAGUCUCCAGUGGGAACAAAUGCAGCAAAUGGAGGAGAGAGAAAGCGGAGCCGUGAGAGGUUUGUCUGCUCACACUCAUGUCGAGCUGCCGUAUUACUCCAAGUUCCUGCUGAUCGCUGCUUACCUGGCGUCCUACAACCCUGCCCGCACCGACAGACGCUUUUUCCUCAAGCACCAUGGUAAAAUACGAAAAACCAACUUCUUAAAGAAAAAUGAGAAGAUGAGUAACCACCUUUUGGGGCCCAAGCCGUUCCCUCUGGACCGCCUGCUGGCCAUUUUCUACAGCGUGGUGGACAGCAGGGUGGCGCCUACUGCCAGCAUCUUCUCUCAGAUUUCUUCUCUGGUGACCUUACAGCUUUUGACUCUAGUCAGUCACGAUGACCAGCUCGAUGCCCCAAAAUACAAAUGUGCCGUUUCCAUGGACUUCAUCAGUGCCAUUUCCAGGACGGUGAACUUUGAUAUUGUGAAGUAUUUGUACGACUUCCUGUGAGGCAGCUGGAGCUGAUGAAGCGAUGACGCUCGCUGACCAUAAGACAAAUGGGAUUUCAAUCUUAAGGACAAGCUUGUGGGAAAGGAGGAAACCUCUGGCCUCUGUUGGGAAUUAUGAAUAUAAUGCAAUUAUGAUGCUGCCCCCUUGUGUUGGUAAAUGAGAUUUUGUGUGUCUGAAAAUGUGGAAACAUUUUGAAUAAAAUAAAUGUCAUUCAUAAA